AUGGUUCUUGUCGCGGGCCUCGUCCUGUUGUUCCUGGAAGUGGCCCGCUCGGCCCAGGGCGAGUACGCCCGCAAGCUGCUGAAGGACCUGAUGGAGGACUACUCCAACGCCCUGCGGCCCGUGGAGGAUACCGACAAGGCCCUGAACGUCACCCUGCAGAUCACCCUCUCUCAGAUCAAGGACAUGGACGAGAGAAACCAGGUGCUGAUUGCGUACCUGUGGAUCAGACAGACCUGGCACGACGCCUACCUAAAGUGGGACAAGGAGGCCUACGAUGGUCUGGAGGUCAUCCGCAUCCCCAGCAACUUGGUCUGGAGGCCUGACAUCGUCCUCUAUAACAAGGCGGACGAUGACUUCUCAGGGCCCCUGGACACCAAUGUGGUCCUCCGCUACAAUGGCGAGAUCACCUGGGACUCGCCGGCCAUCACCAAGAGCUCAUGCGUGGUUGACGUCUCCUACUUCCCCUUCGACAACCAGCAGUGCAACCUCACCUUCGGCUCCUGGACCUACAACGGCAACCAGGUGGACAUCACCAUGGGCAUGGACAGCGGCGACCUGUCGGACUUCGUGGAGAACGUGGAGUGGGAGUGCCACGGCAUGCCGGCCACCAAGAACGUCAUCAUGUACGGCUGCUGCUCGGACCCGUACCCGGACAUCACCUACACGGUGCUGCUCAAGCGUCGCUCCUCCUUCUACAUCUUCAACCUGCUCAUCCCCUGCGUCAUGAUCUCCUUCCUGGCCCCGCUCGGCUUCUACCUGCCGGCUGACUCCGGAGAGAAGGUGUCCCUGGGCGUCACCGUGCUGCUGGCCCUCACCGUCUUCCAGCUCAUGGUGGCCGAGAGCAUGCCCCCCUCGGAGAGUGUGCCCCUCAUUGGGAAGUACUACAUAGCAACGAUGACUAUGAUCACCGCCUCCACUGCCCUGACCAUCUUCAUCAUGAAUAUCCACUUCUGCGGUGCAGAGGCCAAGCCGGUCCCAUACUGGGCCAAAGUGCUCAUCAUCGACUACAUGUCCAAGAUCUUCUUCGUUUACGAGGUGGGCGAGAACUGCACUACACCGCAGUCCGAGAGGAGCCCGCUCCACCACCACCACCACCAGCACCACAACCACCACCACCACCACCACCACCACCACCGUCACCACGGCAACUGCGAGCAGCAGCCCCACCCGCUCUCCCAGGUCUCCAAGAAGUACGAGAGCUACAAGUCCAUGGGCGACCUCAACGGCUGCGCCAAGGACGAGCCGUGCUGCCCCGAGAAGGCGGCGGCCUACGCGUGCGCCUGUGGCCACCACGACAAGCUGGUUAAGAACGUGGAGUACAUCGCCAACUGCUUCCGCGAGCAGAGGGCCACCUGCGCCAAGGGGGCCGAGUGGAAGAAGGUGGCCAAGGUGAUGGACCGCUUCUUCAUGUGGAUCUUCUUCAUCAUGGUCUUCCUCAUGAGCGUCCUCAUCAUCGGCAAGGCCCCCUGA